UGGACUCUUUACCUAAAUGUGAAAUGUCUCCUUAUUGUGGAGAUAUAGCUUGACUUGUUAAGAGCACGGAGAAUACUCCUUUUGAAGAUGAUAUGUGCGUUUGUGCAGUGUGUGCUAAUACAAUUUAUGCAGAUGAAGAGAUCGAAGUUAUUACUAAUGCAAAUGCGAUAGAAGAUACGAUUAGAAUUGUAGAUCAUCACUUAAAGAAAAUAGACAGAUUUAGAGAGAAACAUAAUCUGAAUAUAGUGUGGGAAAGAAUCAUCCCUGAGCUUACAAAUUUCAUUAAGAAGAAGACUAGCCUUCAAGCUAGACUUCUCAUUAUUAAGAAGAAAGAUAUGCACGGUAACCUAGACAAGCUGCAGUAUGAUGCAAAAGAUCUUUUGAACACCAUUUACAAGUCUAACAUCAUGAAGCAUUACUCGAGGCAGUUGCAAUGUAGACAAUUUGCUGAAGAUCUUUAUGGAGAUGUAGUCGACAUAGAUACCAGGAGCGCGAAUGCUAAAACCAGUCUCAGCACACUGAAUGAGAAAGUUAUUGAAGUCAACAUCGAAGACCUCAAGAGGGAGUUUGCUGAAAAUCCUUACUUAACUCAAGAAUACCAAGCUCAGCUAGAUGCACUAGAGGAGGAGAAAGCUAGCUUUGAAGAAUCAUUGGAAGCCCUUAUCCAGAACUCACAAGAGAUCGAUUCCAAGAUUGAAACUAGAGAUGAAGAGCUUAGAUGCUUUAAAGAGAAAUUCAUCAACUUUGAAGAAGAGGAAUCUAAUCUUAGUACUAAAGCUGACAAAAUAUCAAACGAAUAUAACAGCCUUGUAGAUUUAGCUUUUGAAGCAAAGGAACCAAUCAGCUUCUCAGAAUAUGCAGAUAUCUGGGAAAAUGUGUCUGGAAACUAUUGCUCCUGGGGCGAAUCAGAUGAACUAGCCUUUAAUAUGAGCUACGAUGAAAAGGUUGAGGUACUUAAAGCUCUGUUGAGCAAGAAACUGCCAAACUUCAGCAAGGUAAUGGUAUACAACUAUUCUCUAUUCCAAGAGCAAGAACUAAUCGAUACGUUCCUUAAGGGAUCUAUCUCAAACCACAACGAAUAUUUUGUGUAUGGAAAUCUGGAACUUCCCGAACAGCCUGGUGAGGCUCACAUUGAAGCUCUUAAGAAAGCAGUAGCCAGGGUUCCACAGAUUUUACAGUUUGAUAGAUUGCAUCUAAACAAGAAGGAAUUCGAAGAUCUCAUGAUAGCAUCUAAGGGAUGCAAUGAAAUAGUCUUUGAUAGAUGCAAGCUAGCUAUUGAGGGUUCAGAUGAAUGUGACUUUGGAGACCAGCUUGAUGAUUUUGCAUUUGAGAUUAUCAGAUUUAAUCAAACACCUGGGUUAAAUUACUCGAACUUUGCUGGUAAUGCUUUCAGAGGGCUCAGAAAUAUAUUUGCAGGUUUUGCCAAAGUUAAAGGAUUCAAAGAAAAGCCAAUUAAGCUUACUUUUUCAGAUAGCGAGAUAGAAUCAGAAAAAAUUGAUGCAAUCCUUGAAGAAACUGGAUUGACCAACAUCAACUUGAAUAACUACUACUAG